AUGAUCGUAAACACAUUCGUUACUGCUUUUCUUGCAGCAUCCCUCAUGGUAGGCUCUCGUGCCAGUCCGUGCAAGGUCAGCUCCAGAACAAUCGACACAUCGACCACAGUUGGUGUUACAUCCACUUUCGCCGAGGUACCUGGUACUACUGAGAGUGUUGCCUCGACUACUGGUGUUUCUUCAUUCGAGGAUACAACCCUCACCAUCAGCCAGUCCGAGACCAGCACUGAAGCAUCUGCUAUUUCGGAGGACAUCACUACCGCUGUUUUAACCACCGAUCUGAACCCCAUCGCCAUCGAGACUGGUACUGAGUCUUCAACCGUCCCAGAGGAUAUCAUCACUACUUCUGUCUUGACAACAGACAUGAACUAUAUUACCAUUGAGACUGGCACCGAGUCAACGAUUUCAGAGCGUUUUAUCACUACUGCUAUCUCAACAACAGACCUGAGCUCCACCAUUAUCGACGGCAGCACUGAAACGUCUACCAUCUCAGAUGAUGCUACUACUACAGCCGCUUCGACAACAGAUCUGAGCUCCUCCAUUGUUGAUACCAGUAGCGAGACAUCAACCGUCCCAGAGGAUAUCACCACUACAGCUAUCCCGACAACUAGUGCUGAAAGUAUCACAGUUGUGAAAGAAACUACUACCACUACUAGUGAGGCUACUGUUUUCACUGGCUUCCUUGUCAACUCUGGGUUUGACGACACCGAUACUGUGCAGCCCUGGGGACACUCACCCAGAACGUUCACUUCGUUCUCUAUCGACAGUAAUACUAAGCACAAUGGCAGACACUCUGCGCGUUUGACUUCAAGUCGCCUUGGAAAUUUUGGCAUAGGUCAGGAGCUGGCCGCACCAGUCCAAGUAGGCGUAAAUUACCUUGGAACUGCCUGGAUCCGUCCCGGAACUGGAUGUGACACCGCAUCGCUUGCCUGUGUCUAUGGAGACGGUUUUGCUGCUGUUGCAAAAUAUUUCACGGUUUUCCCCCCAAACCAGUGGACCCAGAUCUCGUUCACUUGCGUAUACAAGCAAAACCAUGUCGAUCGGGGUCACCUGGGUUUGUUUUUAGGCUUUGACUGUCUAACAAGCUCUAGCACCUCGUGGGUUGAUACUGUUACUUUCGACAAGCAGUAA